CGGGAGACGCGCCGGCAGUGCUGCUGAAACCGCCGAACGCAGUGGAGGCACCGGCACCAUGUCUGGAAGGAUGGGCUACAAGCGGACGACGGUGACGUCGGUGUCGUCGGGCGGCUCGGCGGCGGCGAGCCCGGCGCGCUCGCGCUCGCCCAGCAGCCCGACGCGCACCUCCCGCCUCCAGGAGAAGGAGCAGCUGGCCGGCCUCAACGACCGGCUGGCGGCGUACAUCGAGAAGGUUCGCAACCUGGAGAUCGAGAACAGCCGCCUGACGCACCAGGUGCGCUCGUCGCAGGAGGUGGUCACCCGCGAGGUGUCCAACAUCAAGUCGCUGUACGAGAGCGAGCUGGCCGACGCGCGCCGACUGCUGGACGAGACGGCCAAGGAGCGGGCCAAGCUGCAGAUCGACUUAGGCAACCUCAAGACCGAGCGCGAUGAUCUGGCCGCCAGACUGGCUCGUCGUGAGCGCGACCUGGAAAAUGCCGAGAAGAAGAUCAGCCUGCAGGACAUGCAGAUUCGCGACCUCCAGGGCCGCAUGCAUCAAGCGCUACAGGAUAAAAAGAAGGCCACCGAGGAACUCGAGGGAGAACAGCUGGAAAACCACAAGCUGCGCAAACAGCUGGAGGAGAUGCGGAAGCAGCUGGAAUCCGAGGCGCUGGCCCGGGUCGACAUGGAGAACCGCUGCCAGAGCCUCAAGGAGGAACUCGAGUUCAAGACCAACGUGUACGAGGGUCAGCUGACGGAGACGCGCGCCAAGCGGACGGAGGAGAUCACGGAGCUGGACGGCCGGCUGCAGCACGAGUACGAGACGCGCCUGCAGGACUCGCUGCAGGAGCUGCGCGACCAGUACGAGAUGCAGAUGAAGGUCAACCGCGAGGAGAUCGAAGCUAUCUACGACAGCAAGAUGGCCGAGCUGCGCAACUCGCAGGCGCGCAAUCAGCUGUCGACGGCCAACACGCUGAAGGAGCUGCGCGAGACGCGCACGCGCAUCGAAGGCCUCACCGGCAAGAUCAGCGAGCUGGAGGGCACCAAUGCCACCCUGCUGUCCCGCGUCCGCGACCUGGAGAGACAGCUGGAUGACGAGCGCACGUCCAGCGCCACCAUGCUGGCCGCCAAGAACGACGAGCUGCGCCGGCUGGAGCGCAUGAUGCAGGAUCAGCUGCAGGAGUACCAGGACCUGAUGGACAUCAAGGUGGCGCUUGACGUCGAGAUCGCCGCCUACCGCAAGCUGCUGGAGUCGGAGGAGAGCCGCCUGAAGCUGUCGCCGGGAGGCCACCACCUGGUGGAGAUUUCCGGAGGCUCCAGUCGCAUUGGCGGCCGCGCCGCCACUGCUGGCGCUACCGGGAAGAGAAAGCGUACGCUGAUCGAGUCGGAGGAGGCCUCCACGUCCGGCGUGGGCGUCACGUCUACCUGCCACGGCGACAUCCAGAUCAUCGACGAGGACGUCGACGGCAAGUUCGUCAAGCUGCACAACAAGUCCAGCAAGGAGGUGUCUCUGGGCGGCAUGCAGUUGGUGCGGAAGGCGGACGGCAACGAGACCGACUACAAGUUCCACCGCGCCAUCAAGCUGGGGCCGGGAGAGGACACCACCGUCUGGGCCUCGGAGGCCAAUGAGCUUCACGAUGCCCCCCACUCUCUGGUGAUGAAGGGUCAGACCUGGUUCGUCGGGAACAACAUGAGCACCACGCUGUACGACAUGGAGGGGCAGGAGAUCGCCAAGCGUAUUUCUCACCGCGACAACAGGUCGGCCAGCUACACCACCCGGCGGUCCCACCACCUCUCACCGGGACAGGUGGACGGGGGUGCCGACGACUCGCAGAACAGCGACUGGAGCCUCAUGAACCUGUUCGGAGGCCGCCGCUCCAUCCGCUAGUACUUACUUGGACCGGUAGGUAGAAGAAGGCGUCCAGGGAGACCAUCCCCGGCGGCGCACCAUUCGUCCACGCCGCUGUACGUCCGCGCGGCGGGACGGGGCGCUGCACCGCUGCGCGCGCGGCCGCGCCAGAGUCUGCCGCCUGUGGUGGGGGCCCGCGAGUGACACUGCCAGCACCGCAGCCCGGUGUCGCCGGGCCCCGCCCCCGCCCCCGCCAUCGAGCCGAGCGGGCCGCGCGGUGACUGCCUGCUUUUGCGUCGUGCGGUGAAUGAGUACGUGUUGGUGACUGUCGCCUAGAUCGGGUCUUUACGCUUGCUUUAUAGCCCUGUGCCGUCUGUCUUGAAGGAAAUGUUUCACUGCUGGAUAGGGCUUGAACUGCGAUAGGAAAUCUGCAACCAACAGUCGGCUUUGCAAAGCUAUGCGUCACGUUGUGUCAGGCAGAGACUGAGGUGUCCAACAAAGUCAAGUCAAGUCAAGUCAAAGUCAAGUCAAGGGCAGAUGCUCUGCUCCUCAUGCCCGUCUCAGGACACCCUAAAGACCGUCAAUUUGCGAUAUGCGAAACAAAUCGGACUAACAGGACCAUACGAACCGCUUCAAAAAACAAGCGCUCAGUUGAGAGGCGCUCAGGCUGGACCAGGUCGCCUCUAGGGUGCGCGCCGCAUCCGAGCGCCAGCCGCCACUCCACCGCCGGCUGGGCGGUUGCAGUUCUGACGGCGAUCAAACUCAUCGUAUCAGCGUAUCAAACACCUGAUGUUGAUCAAACGUGACCGUAGGACACGGUGUUCGCUCGCCACAUGUGACUGGAGCUGAGCAGGUCUUCAGAGCAGGCACUCUAGCACGCGCCAGUCUUUUCAGUCGUCGCUUUCCGAACAAGCACCGGUCGGCGGAGCCUCAUAAUGGCACUGGUGUGGCCAAAGCACCUACCAUCUCGAUACCAGCACUCAUACCAUCAAUCCUCCACAUUCCAAGGGAGGGAUCUGCCGACCUUUCCCGGUUAUGGCCGUUGUUACAAUGGCGAACGUGCUGACGGAAUGAUGUGCUUGGCGUUUAAGAGCGGCGAUGUUUCUCGGACGCACUGUGCGGUGGUUUUGGCUUGCACGAGGGAGGCCUUACCGACGCCCAUGAAGUGACCCUGUCGCCGACCAAGCUGGUCCCAGCACCGCAAUGGCUCGCAAUCGUUUCUGUUCAGUGCACGCCAUCGCAUGUAGCGGCACAGGUUUGGGCGCAGAAUGACUUUGCAUGGUGUUUUCGAGGUUGCUUUAUUUUUGUAAACUAACAAUGAAUUGUUUCAUCAUUCUAGACGUAGAAUACAACACACAGACAUG